CUUUUGCACUUGUAAGAUGGAUGAAAUAUUCUGAAGAUAUGGAUUUAGUCUCUGGUUAUAGUUCAGAUGCAUCAGAAAAUGAUAAUGUGAAAUUUCCUCGGAAAAAAAAUAGAAAUUCCACUUAUAAUAUCGAAGUAAUAUGCAUAGAUGAUAGUGAUAGUGAAGAACAAAAUGUAGGGGAAAAUCGAAACUUGCCCUCUAUUUCGAAUAAAAAUACUGAAAAGUCAUGUGAUGAAAGUAAAUCAUUACCUUCUGUAAUUACUGUUAAAAAUGAAGUAGAUGAAUGUAGUCAAUCGAACGCAUGUGCGAAAAAUGUUGUCAACUUAGUGAUUGAAAAACCAAGUUCUGCUGAAAAAAUUGAUUUCUUAAAUUUAGAUGGAAGUGAUACCGAGGAUGCUCAAGAGCUUAUUCAAAAUAAAAUAAUUAGUUUACUUAAUUCUGCCGCUAUUCUUAAGGAUGAGUGUUUUGCACCCCAAAAUGCUAACAUAUCAACUGAUCAGAGUGGACGAGUAUCAGUUGAAUGUAAUCAACAAAUGGAAACAAAUAAACGAGAGAAUCCAAGUGAUUCUCCAUGUGAAAAUGUGCACAAACGGCAAAAAUGUGAAUUUCAAGAUCCUGAUUUUAAAGGAAAAGAUACUGAUAUAGUAAGUAGCAGUGAUGCGUCUAUAUCCAGUACUCAUAUAUACAGAAAGGACGAAAGAGUAAAUGACGCAUAUAUUAAGAAUAUUGUUUGCCGAAUACCACAUCAAAUCAUUCAAACUUUCACUGGCCAUACGAAUACUGUUACUUCAUUAAACUGGUGCAUUCCUCAGUACAGCCAUUUAUUGCUUUCUGCUUCCGCUGAUGGUACUCUGAAGAUAUGGGACAUCUUUUGCAAAAAUCCAGUGCGAUGCUUUAAAAAUAACUUGGGUUUAAAAGCUGCCAAAUGGUCUCUGGAUGGUGAACAAGUUCUUACGGGGGGCUAUGGGAAAAAAGCACAUGUUUUUGAUGUUCUUAGUGGGAUGGAAAUUGCUGCUUAUGAUGUUUAUAACUUCGUAACUAGCAUGGAAAUUCAUCCAUACAUGGAUGAUCUCUUUGUGUGUGGAACACGCAAUGCAAUUUUAGGCUUUGAUUUAAGGGUAAAUUCAUCUCUGCCAAUACGGACAUUUUUUACCAAAGGGGAAGAUGUGUUAGAUAUUGCAUUUUUGGAUGAAAAUGAAUUCAUUUGCAGCAAUGCAAUUGUCACCCGCGAUUCUGCCGAUCGCACCAUAAUGGUAUGGGAUUUUUCGAGUGGAGCUAUACUUUCAAAUCAGAUAUAUUUAGAGCGAUAUACGUGUCCAUCCUUAAAAAUACAUCCGUAUGAUGGGAGUUUUGUUGCUCAAACAAAUGGUGAUUAUAUUGCUGCAUUCUCCACCCGCAGGCCAUAUAAAAUAAAAAAUAAGAGGUAUAUGGGACAUAAG